GGCCACGUCCCUGGCCACGUCGCGCCCGCUCUCGCCAUCUUCGCCGCUUCUUCUCUGGGGCUGCCUUCUCCAGAGCAGCCUAGCCCCGGGGCUGCUGCGCCGCGCCGACUACCGCCGCCAUGAACAUCUUCCGGCUAACGGGGGACCUGUCCCACCUGGCGGCCAUCGUCAUCCUGCUGCUGAAGAUCUGGAAGACACGCUCCUGCGCCGGUAUUUCUGGGAAAAGCCAGCUUCUAUUUGCACUGGUCUUCACAACUCGAUACUUGGAUCUUUUUACUUCAUUUAUUUCAUUAUACAACACGUCUAUGAAGCUUAUCUACAUUGCCUGCUCUUAUGCCACAGUGUACCUGAUCUACAUGAAAUUUAAGGCAACCUACGAUGGAAAUCAUGAUACCUUCCGAGUGGAGUUUCUGGUGGUCCCUGUGGGAGGCCUCUCAUUUCUAGUCAAUCAUGAUUUCUCUCCUCUGGAGUACUCAAGGGAAAGAAGCUCAGUUUGCCAGCGUAAGUGCCAAAGACCAUCACCAGCAUCUGUCCUUCAGGGUGCUCCGACAGAAUUCUUACCACAGCAAAGGCAUAAGAUGCUUGAUAUGGAAAAGCAGAAACUUAACUCUUUUGUUGCAGAUAGUCAUCAGUGGCUCUGUAAGAACCCAGAGGAAAAGAACCAGAAGGUUUCUGUUUAAUGCAUCUUGCCUUAUCUUUUUUUAUUACUCUGUACAAAGAUUUUUUUACACAAAAACUUAAUGCUGUAUUAAUAAAUUCAGUGUGUAGCUUCAAUUGGGAUAGCUCCAAAAGUGAAGAUUUUGUGAGGAAUAAGUGCAAACUUCUUUGAAAUUGUUGAUUCUUUGUGUCUGCAAUGAAAUUGUACACCUUGACAGUUGGUAGAUAGAUUAUAUAUUCUUUCAUCUAUCAAACUUGCAUUCCACUAUAUUUAUUUUUUCCGAGAUCAGUUGUAUCUGUUUGAGACCUGAGACACUAUGUUCAGUUCGGUAUAUCUGUUCAAAUUUAUUCCCACUGGAUGAAUCCUUCUGUGAAUAUCACAACACUACAUUUAAGGAUGGUAAGGAUGAUUUGCAAGUCUUAUGGUUUUCAUUACCAAAAUUUUAAGAUUCUGAAUGUAGAUAGUCUCAUUUAAGAGUCACCAAAGGUGCCUGCCCCUUCCCCUGCUAGUGUCAGUCGAGACAGUCCUAAGUGUGUUGAAGAAGUCAGUGUGUAGAGGUUUAGGGCUGCUCACCAUCUGAGUGUGGGAUGGGAGGGACAUUAAUGAUUAUUUUGGAUAUUGGACUCUAUUCCUCUGAGGAAUGAAACACAAGUAGUUACCUAUCACUUUAAUUUACAGUUCUAAAAUAUUACUACAGCCAUGUUCAUACUCAGAUUCAGUUUUUCAUAUCACUUUUAGGUGGUAAAAUGAUUUAUAGUUUUUUUUUGUUUUGUUUUUGUUUUUUAUUGGCAGCACCAAUUACCAUUCCUUAUAUUCUUUUUGUCUUGCCUUUUAUUUUUUUCCUAUGAAGCUCUUGCAUGAUUUGUGUUACCAUCCUAAAUAAACAUCUUAUUAAA